UCCACGAAGCGCGCGGCGUCCGCGACUUCCACGCGCCGAGGAGACACCUGGUCGGGAGACGGACACCUUCCGCGCCUGAUUUAGUCAACAUUCCCAGCGGUAGAUGUUGCAGGGCUUCGUGACGGGAGCGCGCGUCGAGGGCGCCGGGCUGGACAUGCGCUGGGUGGCCACGUGCGCUCUGUGCGCGUGGAUCAUGUGCGCGGCGGUGUGCGGGUACGCGCCCGCCGGCCCCUGCGAGCCCGUGCGCAUCCCCAUGUGCAGCUCGAUGCCGUGGAACAUCACGCGGAUGCCGAACCACCUGCACCACAGCACGCAGGAGAACGCGGCGCUCUCCGCCGAGCAGUACGAGGAGCUCGUGCGCACCGGCUGCAGCGCGAGCCUGCGCUUCUUCCUGUGCGCCAUGUACGCGCCCAUCUGCACGCUGCCCGAGUUCGUGCACGAGCCCAUCAAGCCGUGCAGGGCGGUGUGCCGGAGUGCGCGCGACGGCUGCGAGCCCGUGAUCCAGCGGUACAACCACAGCUGGCCGGAGAGCCUCGCGUGCGACGAGCUGCCCGAGUACGAGCGUGGGGUGUGCAUCUCGCCGGAGGCCAUCGUGAGCGACGCGCACCACGAUGUGCAAAUGGACAAUUAUUCCAUGGACGGCCUGCUGGACGGCUCACACCCUUCAGAGUGCACAAGUACCGCAGACUGCACGUGCAGCACCGUGAAACUGACCCUGUCGACCUACUUGAAAAAGAAGUUCGACUACGUUAUUCAUGCAAAAGUAAUAAGCUUCAGUCGGACCGGUUGCCGAGAAAUGACCAUGGUUGUGGUGGUGAAGGAGGUCUUCAGGUCCACGUACCCCAUCCCCCGUGCUCACGUGCCCCUGUUCACCAACUCGUCCUGCCUGUGUCCCGAGCUGCAGGUCGGCCAUGAAGUCAUUAUAAUGUGCUUCGAGUGGCAGUCGAGGCUGAUGCUUCUGGACAGUUGUUUUGUGGAGAGUUGGAAGGACCAGCUGAGGACGCGGUACAAGAGGUGGGAGGAGCGGCUGCAGGAGCAGCAGAAACGCGGCUCCAAGAGGAAGUCGAAGGGCAGCCCGGCGAAGACCGGAAAGCCAAACAGGAACGGCAAGGGGAAGAGCGCGCAGCGGCCGAAGCGGCUCAAAAGCCCCGAACCGUCCUAAACCACAGACCCCGGACAAGGUUCAAGCUCUGGUUUCACUUGUUUAAAAAAAAAAAAAGAUGCGUUUUUCACUUUCAAACCAAAGGUUAACAAUGUCGUCUUUUUCAGUUUGCUGCUUCGCUGUCGUUGUUCCGCUGCAUCGAUGUGCCCCGUUCACAUGGCAACGCGCUUUACGUGGGCCGCUUCAAAAACACGGAGUAGCGUUUUAUUUUUACCGUGUUUAGCCUUACAGAAAUUUUUAAUGAAGGACCACAAUUGCUGGUGAUUUUGGUGACCCAACGGUUGCUUUCCGAAACAUAAUACAUUUUGCUACAUUGUGUUAUUUAUAUCAUUAGAAAUAAACAUGAUAAAUGGG